GGCGGCCUCUGCACAGGACGACGCUCUGACGUCCAUUUCGCGGCUUUUCCGGCGGCCAGACGACCUUCAAUCGUCUCCAGCGGCGUCGGGAAGCCCGCCAGCGACACCUGGGGACUCUGCGCACCGUCGACGAAGUCAGCUUGGCGCAGCGCGCCAGCCAGGAACUACGCAGCCGUUCCCACGACUUUCGUGUUUUGGGUUUUUGGGACAGCUCACGAAAAAAGUUCGUCCAUGACAAGGUUUUCCGAAAACGCUGUAGCUACAUGCUGGCCGAUUUACGUGAGA